AUGAUUACUCCGGCACAAACUUGGCCUCGAUGGGAUCAUUCGCUUAGCAUGAUCCUCAUGGACGAUAAAAUUGGGGACAUCUCCUUUCGAUACGUACAUUUGUCUUCUUAUGAGAAGGCGCAGAUCGAGUUUUUAUCAGCCCAAGAUAGAUUUAAUAUGGAUGGCAUACAGAAUAUCCUUGACCGCCAUCCAUAUCACAUCCCUUCUCUCCUGUAUGUUGCUGAUUGGUUUGAUGAAAGCGCAAAACAUGAGAUGGCUGCUGACGCCAUACGGAAAUGCUUGUACGCAUUGGAGAAAGCUUGGCACCCUCGCUUCAAUCCUUCAAACGGAAGUUGUAGGUUAGCCUAUGCGGAAAACAAAAAGGUUCUUGUCGAUGCAUUAUUCUGUGUUGACUACUACGCCUUGAGUACAAAGAAAUAUGCUUGGCUUGAAAGAUUUUCCGAGGAGUACCAAAGCAACUUAGACAAAUCGGUAUGGCUCUUCCCAAACUUCGCUUAUUCACUUGCUCUAUCUCGAGAAAACAGAGCCGUCCUCUGCCUCAGAAAUAAAUCGAAUUCCCCAUCCUUGGACCACUUGAUCGAUAUAUAUGUGAAGAGGAAUUACCUUUUAUGGAAGUUACCAGAGCCCUUUGAAUUGCUUGAGAAGGCUGCUUUAAUAGAUAUUGAGUUACUGGAAGAAAAUGCAACAGAUGCAAGAGACUGGCUUUGUGUAUGCAAAAAGCUUUCUAAUUUCAGAAAAGUAACCAUUAUCCCAAUAGAAGAAGAUUUUCAGAAUAUAGAAGAUGAGUUGGCCUUAGGCCUGAUCCUGAAAUUGGAGAUGAUCAAGUGGCUCCAAUACCUGAUGGGACAGAUUGGGACAUAUGAAAUCAUGGCUAGUUUUAAUACAGGACAUUCAUGA